AUGUCGUUCACCAAGCCCACGGGCCCACAAGUUCACCAGGCUGUCAACCUGUUAAUCGAUAAUUUGGUCAAUAUCAAAGACGAAACCGGCAAAUUUCUACUACCACUUCCUGAUGGCCGAAUUAUCGACACCAAGUCAUGGCAUGGAUGGGAAUGGACACACGGCAUUGGGCUAUACGGUGUCUGGAAAUACUACGAGAUGACAGGCGAGGAAAGAUUGCUCAAAAUUAUUGAGGAUUGGUUUGCCGCUCGCUUUGCGGAGGGUGGUACUACCAAGAAUAUCAACACCAUGGCCGUCUUCUUGACGCUCGCAUAUGUCUACGAGAAGACUGGAAACGUCACUUACCUGCCGUGGCUUGAUGCCUGGGCCGAAUGGGCGAUGUACGAAUUACCUCGCACCCGCUACGGUGGUAUGCAACAUGUCACCUAUAUCACAGAGAAUUAUCAGCAGCUAUGGGAUGAUACCCUGAUGAUGACUGUCAUGCCGCUCGCAAAAAUCGGAAAACUCCUGAACCGCCCGCAGUACGUUGCUGAGGCUAAGAAGCAAUUCCUGACACAUAUCAAGUAUCUUUUUGACACGAAGACUGGUCUCUGGUUCCAUGGAUGGACGUUUGAGGAUGGUGGCCACAACUUCGCCAAUGCGCGCUGGGCUCGUGGUAACAGUUGGGUCACCAUUGUGAUUCCUGAAUUUAUCGAAUUGCUUGACCUCGAGCCAACUGAUCCUAUUCGUCUUCACUUGAUCGAUACUCUUGAGGCACAGUGUGAGGCCCUCCGACGCCUGCAAUCCUCUUCUGGCUCGUGGCACACUCUCCUUGACCACCCUGACUCGUACUUGGAAGCCUCUGCGACCGCAGGAUUUGCCUACGGUAUUCUGAAGGCCGUCCGCAAGAGGUACAUUGGGACCCAAUACCGCUCCGUUGCCGAAAAGGCCAUUGUCGCGGUCAUGGGGCACGUGGAUGAGAGCGGCGAAUUGCAAAACACGAGCUUUGGAACAGGAAUGGGUGACUCCUUCGACUUUUACAAACAAAUACCUUUGACAUCCAUGCCUUACGGUCAGGCUAUGGCAAUCAUGGCUUUAGGUGAAGCUUUGCGAGACCUUCUAUAA